CCCGCUGGGGCUUCGGGUCCGGAGCCUGAACCCACUGACGUAGUCCCGGGUAGGGACUCCAUCGACUGUGGGUCCGGCCCCUUCCCCUAUGAGCACCCCUACCGUCAAGCCUGUGCCUCUUCCCCGCCCCCUCGGCCUGUCCAGGGGAGGGGAAGGGGCGGGCAGCGCAGGGGGUGUGACAGCUCCCGCCCGGAUCAGUGCCAGCUGCAGCUUCGCUUGAGCGCCCUGUGCCAGCUGGCGCUUACAUCUGGAACCGAGGAGAAGGCUCAGAGUUCUUAGUCUUUGGGGAGGGGUGGGGUUCCCCACUCCUCUCAGACCUCUACUCACCCAGAUCGAGCCCCUUUGCCUAGCCCUGCAUCUUGCUCCUCCAGACAACCUGUCCUGCUGGGAACUGGCCCUUCGCUGCCGCCCGGGUGUCGCUCGCACCCACACCCCUCCAGCAUUCCAGGUUGGAGCUGCCCUGGAGCGCUGCGCUCCAGGGAUCCUCCAGCCUCUUGCUAGAGCGUGCACCGCUGUGUGAGCUGGAGAAGAAACAUGAAGGUCAGCUGGCCAGGUGAGAACCACUGGCAGGUGGGCCCAGCUGUGGUGGAGAGUCCAGCUGUGGGGGCACCGCAGGUGGGAAGUCUCCCUGACGUGGUUCCAGAGGGCACGCUGCUCAAUAUGGUGCUGAAAAGAAUGCACCGUCCCCGGUGCUGCUCUUACCAGCUGGUGUUCGAACACAGGCGGCCCAGCUGCAUCCAGGGACUUCGCUGGACACCGCUCACCAACAGUGAGGAGUCCCUGGACUUCAGUGUGAGCCUGGAGCAGGCCACCACCGAGCGCGUGCUCAAGGCAGGGAAGCUCCUCCACCGUCAUCUCCUGGCCACCUACCCUACCCUCAUCCGAGACAGAAAAUACCAUCUCCGACUAUACCGGCAAUGCUGCUCCGGCCGGGAGCUGGUGGAUGUGAUCUUGUCUCUGGGGCUUGGCGUCCAUUCACGGAGCCAAGCUGUGGGUGUCUGCCAGGUGUUGCUGGAUGAGGGUGCCCUUUACCAUGUGAAACAUGACUGGACCUUCCAGGACCGAGAUGCCCAAUUCUAUAGGUUCCCUGGACCAGAGCCAGAACCCGCGGGAACUCAUGACAUGGAAGAGGAGCUUGUUGAGGCAAUGGCUCUGCUCUCGCAGCGAGGGCCUGAUGCCUUACUCACCGUGGCCCUCCGGAAGCCCCCAGGUCAGCGGACAGAUGAAGAGCUGGACCUCAUCUUCGAAGAGCUACUGCACAUCAAGGCAGUGGCCCACCUCUCCAACUCCGUGAAGCGGGAAUUAGCUGCUGUUCUGCUCUUUGAACCACACAGCAAGGCAGGGACUGUGUUGUUUAGCCAGGGGGACAAGGGCACCUCGUGGUACAUCAUCUGGAAGGGAUCUGUCAAUGUGGUGACCCACGGCAAGGGGCUGGUGACCACAUUGCACGAGGGAGAUGACUUUGGACAGCUGGCUCUGGUGAACGACGCACCUCGGGCAGCCACCAUUAUCCUUCGGGAAAAUAACUGUCACUUUCUGCGUGUGGACAAGCAGGACUUCAACCGCAUCAUCAAGGAUGUGGAAGCGAAAACCAUGAGGCUGGAAGAGCAUGGCAAAGUGGUGCUGGUUCUGGAGAGGAGCUCUCAGGGCACCGGCCCUUCCCGCCCCCCAACCCCAGGCAGGAAUCGGUAUACAGUAAUGUCUGGCACCCCAGAGAAGAUCCUAGAACUCCUGUUGGAAGCUAUGCGACCAGAUUCCAGUGCUCAUGACCCAACAGAGACCUUCCUCAGUGACUUCCUGCUGACCCACAGUGUCUUCAUGCCCAGCACCCAGCUCUUCACUGCCCUCUUGCAUCAAUACCCUUCCAGCCCCAGGGCGAUGUGGGUAGGGGAUGGAAUGCCGGCAGAGCCUGCUGGAGGCAGCGAACAGGAACGAAGCACCUAUGUCUGCAACAAAAGGCAGCAGAUUCUGCGGCUAGUCAGCCGGUGGGUGGCCCUGUAUGGCCCCAUGCUCCACUCAGACCCCGUGGCCACCAGCUUCCUCCAGAAACUCUCAGACCUGGUGAGCAGGGAUGCCCGACUUAGCAACUUGCUGAGGGAGCAGUGGCCAGAGAGGAGGCGGCAUCACAGGUUGGAAAAUGGCUGUGGGAAUGCAUCUCCUCAGAUCAAGGCCAGGAAUGCACCUGUUUGGCUCCCUGGCCAGGAGGAACCCCUCCCAAGCAGCAUUGGUGGCGCCAUUCGAGUUGGGGACAAAGUCCCCUACGACAUCUGCAGACCCGACCACUCGGUGCUGACUCUGCAGCUGCCUGUGACGGCCUCCGUGAGAGAGGUGAUGGCGGCUCUGGCUCAUGAGGACCACUGGACCAAGGGGCAGGUUCUGGUCAAGGUCAAUUCCGCAGGCGAUGUCGUUGGCCUGCAGCCAGAUGCCCGCGGUGUGGCCACAUCCCUGGGGCUCAACGAGCGGCUCUUUGUUGUGGACCCACAGGAAGUUCAUGAGCUGACCCCACACCCGGAGCAGCUGGGGCCCACUCUGGGUUCUUCUGAGAUGCUGGACCUAGUGAGCGCCAAGGACCUGGCAGGCCAGCUGACAGAGCUUGACUGGAGCCUCUUCAACAGGAUACACCAGGUGGAGCUGAUCCAUUACGUGCUGGGGCCCCAGCACCUGCGGGAUGUCACCACCGCAAACCUGGAGCGCUUCAUGCGGCGCUUCAAUGAGCUGCAGUAUUGGGUGGCCACCGAGCUCUGUCUCUGCUCGGUUCCUGGGCCCCGGGCUCAGCUGCUCCGGAAGUUCAUCAAGCUGGCGGCCCACCUCAAGGAGCAGAAGAAUCUCAACUCUUUCUUUGCGGUCAUGUUUGGCCUCAGCAACUCUGCCAUUAGCCGCCUGGCCCACACCUGGGAGCGUCUCCCCCAUAAAGUACGGAAGCUGUACUCUGCCCUGGAGAGGCUUCUGGACCCAUCGUGGAACCACCGAGUGUAUCGGUUGGCACUCACCAAGCUCUCCCCUCCUGUCAUCCCCUUCAUGCCCCUGCUACUCAAAGACAUGACCUUCAUCCAUGAGGGAAACCACACGCUCGUAGAGAACCUCAUCAACUUUGAGAAGAUGCGAAUGAUGGCCAGAGCCAUGCGGAUGCUCCACCACUGCCGGAGCCACAGCACGGUGCCUCUGUCACCACUCAGAAGCCGAGUUUCCCACAUCCACGAGGACAGCCAGGCAUCAAGGAUUUCCACAUGCUCUGAGCAGUCCCUGAGCACCCGGAGUCCAGCCAGCACCUGGGCUUACGUCCAGCAACUGAAGGUCAUUGACAACCAGCGGGAACUGUCCCGCCUCUCCCGGGAGCUGGAGCCAUGAGGAGGGACUGGACGGAGCAGGCACUUCUCUCAGAGAAAGCCAGAGCCUGUGGGGCCCCGAGAGGUCCAGAGGCCAGCCACAGCUGGGCAGGGCUCUCCGUGGAGCGGACUGAAGGCCCUGGAGUGGGCAGUCUAGAGGCAGCUGGCCCCUGUGAGGACUGUCAGCUAAGGAGAUCUUUGAUGUGGAACUGAGCUGGCCAUAAGGCCAAGGAAAAGGGGACAUGAAGGCCCUGGAGUGGGCAGGGGGGCUGGGAGGUGCAAGGACUCCAAGGUACAAUAGAGAGCUCUCCCACCAGGCUUUUUAUGCCAUCUGUACAUACAGCUGUGCCGCCCCGUGGUCGCCAGGCCCCGCGCUUGUGUUUCACGGGGGUCAGAGAGCUCACAUCUGCAGCGCGCGUGUGCUCUGGGUGGGGGAGUUUGGCUUUUCUCUCCACUGAGAAAAACGGCUGGGUGUAGGCAGGGCUGUGGCCUAGAGUGGUGGUCCCUGUGGAGCAGCCUUGUUCCCAUAAAUUAACAAAGAUAAUGUGUGUUCUGUGGCCUGGGCAUAUGACAGGGAAAGCCGGUGGAGGAGGAAUUUGUUCCCUGGGUACAGAAAGCAGCCCCACCACCUCAGGCUGGGCUCCAGGAAAGCCAACUGUUACCCAAAUGGGCUACGGUGCUGUCCUGGGCACUCUGGGGAUCAUCAGCUCUCUGCCAAAAAAGACUAUAAAAGUCCAGAUGCAGCUAGCAUCCUCUACCUCCUUCUUCCCGGCUCUGCUCCCUCAUCUGCCCUUGAUCCUGUUGGGUGCUGUGUGUGCUGAGCACAGGGGUGAGGGAAGAGACAUAGGCAGAAGACGUGAAAACAUAACCGCACCUGUCUAGGCAAAGUUUCAUGCCUGGAAACUCCAUUCUACGAUGCUGCCCUCUCUGCUCUCUUUGUUGGGAGCCUGGAAGCGCUAGGCCAACCUGAAAGAAACCCCACAGCCUCCACCAUGACCCUGAGUAAACUCCAGGGCAGCCAGGACUCUCAGGCAUCUGGAGGAGGUGUGCUUACAGAAGAAGGGCCGGAGGCAGCUAGGGCAGCCCGGUGCUCCUCCUGUGGUGUAGCAGCCAGCUCAGACUUGACAUACUCCGCCUCCCCCUGGUCUCCACACUCUGCCAGACUCUUCACAGCCGGAGGCCACAGAGGCUAUGUCAGCUGAUCCCAGGAGAGGUCCAAGCUGUUGGCAGGGAGACAGACAGCGCAGGGACAUCACCCCCAGGUCUAAUGAGCCUGAGCACACCAGUGCAUUCUUUGCCUUCAUUUGCCCAGCUGUAAGGUGGGCAUGAUAGAGUCACCAGUGACAAGGCAGAAGGUCUCGCCUCCUCCAGAGUGACUGUCACAGUUCUGUGUCUGUGACCUGGGGGACAAGCCGCAUCUCCGGGAGUGGAAUCCAAGACAGCUCUCGGGUUAGAACCAACUGCUGGGAUGACCAAACCAGUUCUGUUGCCCAUGGGCAGGAAGGGAGAAUCUGAGGGCAGCAUCCUGAGCUGAGCAAUCGUGAUCGGAGCCCAAGCCUCCGUGAGUCAGGAGUCCCUGAAGCUUUCUUGUCUCCUAAGCCCAUUGUCAGUGUCUUCGGUGGAGACCGUGCCAGUCAGUCUCAGCCCUUUGCCAUCUCCACAGACUGCAGGGUGAAACCAACCCAGCCUCCUUCACCUGCUUUUAUUUCUUCUCCCUGGUCAUACUUACCUUCUGGGCUCCAACAUCCUGGGCUCCAUAUGGGCCUUCCAACUGAGACAAGCUGCAGCUUCCAGCCAAUCUACCUCAGUCUGGACCUCUUUGACCCUGCUGGGAAAGAUUCUGACAGGAGAAUAAUGCCCUGGACACACAGGGGACACAGACUUGGGAGUGGAUGUAUGAGCCAGGUCACCGCCUAGGGCACAGGGGACUGAGGAAGAGUCCAGGCUCCUGGUGGCCGUCUCCUGAUGUUCAGGCAGAGGGUGGGAAGCUGCUCCUGCUCCCUGGCUUCCCAGACUGUGUGUAUCCGUGGGUGGUGGAGGCACCUGAGGCCAAAAUAGGAGGGGAAGAUCACAGGCUGCUUAAGAGAGACUGAACAGGGAGGGGGCCUUCAAAAAAACUUGUUACCUAAAGAGGUAGAACAGAGGUGUGUGUGUCUCUGUGUCUGUGUUUCUUGUGAGGGAAAACAGCAUGAGUGGUCAUUGCGCAUGCCUGUGGCCUUCCCUGUCUCCCAUAUGGUUCCCUGUAAGGGCUACAGCCAUGGGCCAGGCCAGGCUUGUACUUCACCAGGGGAGGUUAUGCUUCUCUAGCUGUGCACAGUGCCUGGUGAG